GAAUUGUAGUCCAAUGAAACAAAGCGCUGCUGCAAGCGGGGGGCGGGGUUAUUCAGAAAGCAACAGCUGGAUCGGCCCCUGUGCGGAUGGCUUCACCUUCAGAGCCUGUUUAUGUGCAAAUGCUGCGUUGAGACACGUAUAAACACACGCGUACACAAAAACAUACAGAGCUCAGACAGUAGAGAAUGAGCAGCGCGGAGUGAGCGGAGUCCGAGAGCGAGUCUUCCCGCGUCCUUCAUCAGGAGAGCCGCGGAGGAGGAGGAGAGCCGAGAUGGACUCUUCUCUUGGACCCCCGCCCCCUUCCCCUGCUUCUUCUUCUUCCUCUCUAUCCUCUCUUGUGUCUACACACAGCCCUCGCUCAGUAUCCUCCUCCUCCUCAACCCCUAACUCCUCCCCUCAAGUGUCUCCGCCUCCUCGUCCUGCCCUGCAGAGAGGCCGAUCUCAGCUAAACGCAGCAAAGGAUGUGGUCGGGAUGACUGCUGAAAGUUCAUCUCCUGCGGGACCUCGUCCACAGUCAGCUCCAUCUCCUGCAGGGGGAAUUCCAGAGGAGCUGAACAUAGAGGAACUUGAGCAGAGAGCUAGGAAUGGAGAUUCCAGAGCACAGACAAAGAUUGGCAGGUAUUACCUACAGCUGUCUGAGCAGGAGGAUGAAGAAGUAAACAGCGUCACAGCUGUAACGUGGCUUGUGCAGGCAGCAAAAAAUGGCCGCAGAGAUGCUGUGAAACUCUUACAGUGGUGCUUGCAUAAACGAAAAGGCAUCACGGCAGAGAACAGGGAGGAUGUGUGUACCUUGGCAUCCGAGUCACGUUUUGAGCGCAGUGUGAGAAAAGCAGCUCUGUGCAUGUACUGGAAACUCAACCCAGAGAGAAAGAGACGGGUGACUGCCUCAGAACUACUGGAUAACAUUAGCCAGGUCAACAUGGAAACAGAUGGUGCUGGUAGCAACCUACUGUCCAGUUCAGCUCAGAAACAGAGGAAGGUCUUGGAGAGCCUUGUCUCGUGUGAUGAGGCUGAUUAUAUUGGUGUUGAAGAGUUUGUGGAAAACACUAAGCGGUAUGCUCAAGGCAUCUCGCCAACAGAAGCUCUUGAUGCAGCUGCGAUUGAUGAUGACGAUGAUGAAGACCCUGUGAAAAACCCUGAUGAGUUGCCUCUGCAUCAGAAGAUAUUGAAGUUCCCCCUCCAUGCAGUGACUGAGGUAAAGGAAGUACUGAUUGACUGGGCCUCCCGUGCUGGAAUGCAAUGGAUCAGUGCGCUUAUCCCUACUCACCACGUCAACACCUUAAUUUUCUUCUUCAUCAUCUCCAACCUGACUCUAGACUUUUUCCUCGUCGUCAUUCCCCUCGUUGUCUUCUACCUCUCCUUCAUCUCCAUGGUCAUCUGCACACUGAGGGUCUUCCAGAACAGCAAGGCCUGGGAGAACUUUACAACACUGACGGCUAUGCUGUCUCGUUUCGAGCCGGAGUUGGAUCUGGAGCAAGCUGAGACCAACUUCACAUGGACCCAUCUGGAACCUCACCUCUACUUUCUGGUCUCUGCAUUUUUCCUUAUACUCUCGUUCCCUGUGGCUGAAAAGUCCUGGCUGCCAUGCUCAGAACUAGCGACGGUGGCGGUCUUCUUCACUGUGAGCAGCUACCUCAGCUUGCGUCCAGCUGCACAGCUACAUGCCAGACUUGCCCUUCUUACACAAGUCACCUCUGCAGUUUGCUCUUUCUCUAAUGAGCUGCUGGGGGGCUGGGUGUUCUGGCUGGUGGGAGGGUCAUGGUUUAGUGUGCCUCUUUGUGACUAUUUGGUGCUGCAUGUUGGUCUGCCUUGUUUUCUGUACCUUUACCUGCUGUACCUGUGUGGACGCAUGGGCUCAGCCCGAGGGUUGCAUGGGUCCUAUAGCAUGCUGCUGCCGUACCUGCUUUGCUUUACCUGGUGCGAGCUGUCCGUCACGCUUCUGCAUGAGUCCACUGUGCUGGGACUCCUGCGCACUGCCGUAGGGUACUUCCUCUUCUUCUUUGCCCUUCCCGUGCUCUCUCUGGCACUGGCAGCUGUGCUUCUUGUGCAGUUGGUGCAGUGGUUUCUUGCACUGGAGCUGGCCAAGAUGGCAGUGACGGUGUGUGUCUGCGUUCUUCCCGUUCUGCUGCGGUGGUGGACUCGGUUUAGUGUGUCGCCUCUUGCUGUGAUCCGGUCUCUCCGCCGCAGCAGUAUAGUCAAGCUGAUCCUAGUGUGGAUCUCUGCCCUGCUGCUCUUCAGCUGGUUCUAUGUGUACCGCUCUGAGGGCAUGAAGGUGUACAACUCUACACUGACCUGGCAGCAGUAUAGUGAGGUUUGUGGCCCUCGUGCCUGGAGGGAACGCAACAUGGCGCAUACCCAGAUCCUCUGCAGUCACCUUGAAGGACACCGUGUCACUUGGGAGGGCCAUUUUAAGUACGUCCGUGUGACCGAAAUAGAAAAUGGAGCACAAUCCGUUGUCAACCUCUUGCCUGGCUUUAUAGCAGACUGGGUUCGCUGCCUUUAUGGAGAGGAGUACCCAGCCUGUGACCCUGCCUAUGCAGGGCCUGCUGACCCACUCUGCCAACUCAAGGAACUCGCAAAUCACAAAUGCCAUGUGAAGCGAUUUGAUCGCUACAAGUUCGAAGUGACCAUGGGGAUGCCACACGGGGAUAAGCGGGGGAAAGGGCACCAAGAUGCUGAUGACGCAACAAAAGACAUUGUGCUACGGGCAAGCAACGAGUUCCGCAGCGUGCUGUUGGCGCUCAGUUCAGGCAGUGUUGUGGAGUUUAGCACCAUUCUGGAAGGCAAACUGGGCAGCAAGUGGCCGGUGUUUGAGCUGAAAGCUCUUGAUUGUAAGACUUGUAACUCUCCUUUGGUGCCGACAAGACGGCAAGUAAAGAUCGAGCAAGACUGGAGGGUUAAUGCCCGCAGUGCCUUUGCCUUUGCUUUUAACUUCCUCUUCCACCCGCUACUCACUGCCGAGGUAGACACUGCUGCGGCCACAGAUGUGGCAGUUUAAAAUUGAAUGUUUUCUUUUUGGGAACCAAAACUAGGAACUGCAUUACAAUGAAAAAUUACUUAUUCCCGCUAAGUAUCAAUUUUCAUGAUUGUGACCAUCAGAAACAUGCUUUGGUGAGUGUGGUCUGUGCACCCAUUGUGGUCCAAGGGCUUGACCUACUGUUCCAGUGCUGUGCAGAUGGGUCCUCCAGCCUGAGCUGUCCACAAAUGAAAAGGGGAGAGCUUCCCAGACAGGGAUUAAGUCUAGUCUUGGACUAUACAGCACUUUACAUGGAGAUUUUUUUUCAUUUUAUUUACUGUUAUGGCCUGUUAUGAUACGUUUUUUGGACGAUAUGUUUUCCUAGAAUGGAUUGCGAUAAACAAUAUUGUCAUUUUAGGACAUUUUAUGCCAAUAUAAUAAUAAUAUUAAUAAUAAUAAUAAUAGGGCAGUUCCAUCUUUUUUAAGAGCAAUGAAUGUUUAGUUUGUGAUAGUUUGGGAGACUGCUCUGUGUAAAUGUUGUCAUUAUUGAUGCAUUAGUUAUUGCGCACCUGGCUAAAAUAUUGAAGACAUUCAUCCUUAUGUAAACAAAGAUGCAAGUAAACACAAUGGAUGAUAAUAAGGUCAGCAAAAUGUAUUCAGCUCAUUUAUGUGUAUUGUGCAAUAAGUCAAUAAUGUACAUUAUCGUGACAGGCCUAUUUAGAGUCUACAACUAGGCUUAAUCUCUGUACGGAAAACUGACCCAAAAUGUGUAGUAGGUUCAGAAAGCCUAUGCAAAAUCCAUGUAAUUGAGGAGGUCAAAAAAGCAAAACAAAGGCCACCCCAAACAAUUUAUCAGGUAAAUUUUACAAAGAUCAUCCAAAAGGUCCAAUCAGUUCUUUUAUAAUGCUCGUGAUAUUCUGAAACACAAUAUUUUAAGUUUGUUUGGUCAAGAGCCCAUUUGUCUGAUACUCAAUCUACAAGUUCUGGUUAUGGGCUGAAUUUCCAGGCCUAGUUUGGACUAAAAUAUCAUAGUUAACUAAAGAAGUUUAGGUUAUCUAAGUUCAGAACUUUGUAUGUUAAAAUGUGGUUCGAGUUUUAAGUUUUGUGUUCUGUAUGAAUGUGAUUUAGUGAAAGUAACAGAAACAGAAUCUUCUACAGCUGCAGCAGUCUCAGCUCACCACUAAAGAAUACACUUUUUGGACGUUUGGGAAAAUGAGAGCUUCAUGAAUGUAAAAACUGUAACUAACUGAAGGAUUUACAUAGUUUGAUUUCUAUAGAUUUUUAUUUAAUUUUAACUACAAUAAGAUGUCUAAUUUGGACAUUGCCUGGAGAUGAUUUUGUGUAGUACUCCUGCCUUAGAUGUAAAGAAGUAGUAUUUGUGUGUGGUUUUGUAAAUAUUAGAUAUUUUAAAGAAAAACAAUCAGAUUAUUGCAGAACAUUGAGUGUUUCCAUUUGCCAUCAUGUGUGUCUAAACUCAAUCCUGAACAUUCAGUGAACAACGGUGAUAGUUGUUAUAUAUAUAUAUAACGACUAUAUAUAUUAUACUAUUAUAUAUAUAUCCAGAGAAAGAAGGACUACACUCUUAAAAUAAUGGACAUUUAAGUGAUGAUGUACAGGAAGCAAUUUUGGCUCCAUAAUAAAUAGGAGUGUAAAGAAAAUUUGAUAUAAUGAUAUAUUGAAGUACAAUCACUUCCAUGGCCACAGGUGUUUAAAACCAAGCAGCUAGACAUGCAGACUGCUUUACAAAGAAUUGGUCGCUCUCAGGACCUCAGUCAAUUCCAAAAUGGUACCAGGAUAGGAUGCAGCACCUGUGCAGUUAUGAAAUAUCCUCACUAUGAAGUAUUCCACAGUCAACUGUCAGUGAUGUAAUCGCACAGUGAAAGUGACUGGGAAUGAAAACACCUCACUGUCAACGUAAAAUGACAGAGUGGGGUCAGCGGAUGCUGAAACGCAUUCCUCUGCCUUCUGCAGAGUCAACCACUACAGAACUCCAAACUUCAUGUGGCUUCAGAUUAGCUCAAGAACAGUAGAGCAUAGAGAGCAUCAUGGAAUGCGUCUUCAUGGCAACCGUACUUAGAGCCAGUGAGAAGCUCCAGCUGACUGGAGCACCUCGCACCUCAUUUCUUCACCUAUGCCGGCACUAAGACCUUGCGGAUGCCGAGCUCAGCUCCCCAGAACCCAGAGUGGACAUUCUUUAACCUUAAGGUCAAAGACUUCAUACAUCCUAUGCAAAGGUUAGGCAGUGAAAAAAUGCUGGUAAAAGAAAAAUUUAAAGUGAAUCUGGCCCCCUCCUUCACCUCAUAUUCAUUUCCUGUAUAUCCCUCAAAAUGUCAUCCAAUUGGAUGAUGUGGCCCUUAUGUCACAUGAUGCUGGCAAAAUUAGCAUUUUUUAAAAAAGAAAUCUAUUCAUAAUUUCUUAAUUUAUUUUAAAUGUGCUUGUUUGGAAAAGUAAAAGAAUAUAUAAUGUGACUCUUACAACAUACAGUAUAUAUAAUAUAACAAAAUAACUGCUGCAUUGCACUACUUUACACUAUCAAUUGCACUAUUACAUAAUACCUCUGAUUGAUUCAUUAGGUAUAGUAGUUUUUUUUUUUUUUUUAAAUCAGCACCCUCUGAUCAUUUUCAUAAUUUUUCUUUAUAAAUCAUUCAUAGUUCAGAACAGCGGUUGCAUAUAUCAUAUAGCAGACAAACACAGUGAUAUUUAAGAAGUUAAAUUAAGAUUAUAUGUUUUACAGAAAGUGUGCGAUAAUUCUUUAAACAUAAUUAGGCAGGUGCAUACAUUUGGGCACAGCCUCUCCUUCUGCAAAGUGUGCUGCAUAAUUGAAUGAUGCACAAUGACUAUCUUCAGCAAGAUGAUAAUGUAGGUGUUUGGAGCUGGUCUGUGAGUUGACUAUGACUGUUCUCACCAUCCUUCUCCUCUGCUUAUCUGAGAUUUUUCUUGUUCUACCACUUUUUCUCUGUGUGUGUCUGCUAUAUGAUAUGUAUAUGCUUUAUAAAGGAAAAUCAUAAAAAAUGAUCAGGGGUGCCCAAACCUUUUCGCUUUAUUCAUGGGUAUCAAAGAAUGCCACAAUGUACUCAAAUUCAGUUGGAAAGAAAUGUAUCAGAGUAUUCAUACUUUUGGCAAUAUAGUGCAUCACAGUUUUUUGUUUCGCAAUACUGUAGCAAAUAUAAAAAAAACACAGUAUUGAUGGCAGACAGUGGUUCAUUUAGUGUUGUUUUUAACCCCUUAACAUGCCUUGUCCCGAAUACAGGCUAUAGGUGUUUGUGAUACAAAUAUUUUUUUUCUGCAGUAAAAUAACUUAUUUACAUUCUGAGGGCUUAAGGGCUUUGAAGUAUUCUAUAUUUCUAGAUUAAAACCCAACCACUAGAAAACAGUGUUGUACUCUGUCGUUAAAUUCCACUGUUCUGAUUGGAUAAAAAGUAAACUUUUCCCUCUUUUAGAUUUUAUAAAUAUGAUGGUAUGUUUUUAAUACUGUAACACUUUUACUUAAAAUUUGAUUUGAUAAUUUAUUGCAAUAUAUUGAAUUGCAACCCCUGUAUUGUGAUUAUAUAUCAUAUUGCCAAGCUCUUUGCAGUACACAGCCAUAAUCAUCAGUCAAAGCCAAAGAGAGCACAACUUGCCAUGCUCGUUCUGGGUGGGUAGAUGGCUCUCUCUCCCCUCACCACUUUGAUUGCGAUGUUGGAUGGCUCAGGCUUAUAUUAGCUGACGUAUCAGAGCUGGGGAGCUGGUGCUUUCCUCCAAGUGCGCUGGCUACCCGGUGAUGCUGCAUUGGUGGCACUUUGAAAAGAGGUGGGAUGUGACUUCACAUUUAUGGAAGGAGGCAUGCGCUUGUCCUCACCGUCCUAGUAUCAGGAUCAUUGCAAAUGAUGGGCAGAGUCCUAGCGAGUGAAUGGGUUUAUUGGCUUAACUAAAUUGAAGAGAAACACAUGAUCAGCAUCUUUGUUACAAACUUGCUUUAUCUCUUGACCUAAAAGAGUUUAUUCUAUGGCAUCCCUCAAAGAACCAGUUGAAGCACCUUCAUUUUUAAGAGUUUUUUAAGUGAACCCAAAUGCUGUACAUGGUGAGUAAAAUGGUUUUAUUACAGUGUGGAAAAUUCCACUUGAUUUAAAUCGUUGCUGAAGGUUGCUAAAAUAUAAACACCACGAUCAAUUUGGUUGAUAACUCAAUAUCAUUACAUAAACGCAUUAGGGAAUCUGUAUAUUAGAGUGCCUUUUACAGGGUCACAUGCCAUUUCUGUACAGACAGAGACAUGCCACCCACCCACAUUCACAAAGGUGCACUGCCUACCUUCUUCCUACUGAGCUGGUCUCUACUGCUGUUAUUCCACUGUAUGAACAUUCACUACUGUAUUGAAACACUACAUAGAAUAAAGGGUAAUUAAGUUGA